AUGGGGAAGAUCAAAGUCUUCCCAACACCAGAGUACCACGUCAAGCAGUCCAAAGACCCAGUGGCGCCGCGCUUGCCGGCCACUGGGAUAUUUCUGGGCCCGAGCAAGUCAGGCAAGACUGUAGCUUUGAUCAGCCUGAUCCUGGAGCAGUACAGAGACUGCUUCGAAAGGAUCUACGUCUUCAGCCCUAGCAUCAACGUGGAUGACGGCUGGAAACCGGUCAAGAAAUACAUUCACGAGCAUAUGAAGAUCGAUACUGACCGGGAAAAAGUUUAUUUUGAAGACUGGGAUGAGUCCGCCCUGCGGCAAAUCAUCGCCCAGCAGCGCAAGAUCACCCAGAAGAGCAAGGAAUUGGGUAUGAAGCGCUUGUACCAGAUCUUGAUCGUCAUAGACGACUUCGCUGACAGCCCGCACCUGCACAAGAGGACUGGAGACGCCGCUCUCGACACUCUGUUUGUCAGAGGCCGGCAUUUCCAGAUCACGACCAUCGUGAGCACUCAGAAGCUCCGUUUGAUCAGCAACGCCGUUCGAGUGAACAGCCAGUUCUUCUGCGUUUGGCGGCUGCGGAACCAGCUCGAGAAAGACAGCCUGCUCGAGGAACUGACCGCGCUGCUCCCCAAGGCGGACCUCGAGGCGAUGUACGAGGAGGCCGUCAGGGAGCCCUUCAGCUUUCUGUACAUCUACUUGCUCAACCCACGCGAGAAAAUGUUCCACAUACGAUUCGCGCUGGGGGCGGUGUUCGGGAAGCUCUUCGCGAGCAGCACCCUGUUCAAUAGCGAGUGCAAAAACGUGAGUUGCUGCAGCAGCAACGCGCUGCCGCACAAUUACGAUCCUAGCCGCCCGCCGUGGAUGCAACGCUUGCCGGAGCCGACGGCGGGCCAUCCGCUGGUUCGGCAGCGCUCCUUUUCGGACAACAGCAACGACGCGGUGCUCAGGGGACAGCGAAUGCAGCGCGCGGCAUACAAUAAACUCAAGCUCAUGACCAGCAUUUGGGUCGAUUCGCGGAAGCGAGUGGCGGGAAGCGACGCGGACUUCGAAUUCGACAUCGGGCAAACCGUGCACCUCCAGGGCUCGGCGAGGGGCACGCUGAAUUGGGCGCAGCUGCCCGUGGGCGCGUACACCGGCGCCAGGCUGGCCGCGUGGAUUUCCUCCAAUUUCGCCAGCGCAACAUACGUGGAAAGCACCAACGAGAUCACCGUCGCUCACGACGGCAACCGAACGAUUUUGAACGAUCAGGAGCUGCGGGCGCUCUUCCCCAAUUCCGCAGACUACCCGCAGGGGGCGACGCCGUCCGCGCCGCAGAGCAUCAACCACCUCCUGGGCCCGAGUUUCGUGAGCGGAGGCAGUCAAAUCUUCACCUUCGUGCAGAUGAUGCCUUAUUCCGAGUCCGCUGCAGCAGCCUCUCCAACGCCGCGGACACCGUGGGGCCUCUCGGGCACGACAUCGUGGCCAAGAUCAUCUGCAAUCGAGGCGUACCUGCGCUUCAGAUUGACCGACGUCGAUGGGAACACCGUCAACCUGCGCGGCACCAGCAUAAGCUUCUGCAUCUACUUGGAGGUUGCCGGAGAAGCGCAGGAGGGCGAAAGAAAGCUCCAAGUGGCAGAACCUGAACAGCUACCUGUGGAGCAUCCUGAUGUUCCCGCCCCUGUGAAAGAGGAGCCUUCAUUGCCUUCGCCCGCUCAAUUGCGGCACAUGAGGAUGAUGCGAAUCGAGCCGCGGAACGAGCGGCAAAUGCUGCACCAGUUCUGGAAGAGGUACCCCGCGUACAACUUGAAUGCCCUCAUGCGAAAGCGUUACGAAGAGCUCAUGGACGCGAGGGCGUUCAACGAGUUUCUCAGGGAUCGGCAGCUUAGGCAGCAAGGCGACGCCUACGUCGACGCCGUGGGCCGUGUUCAGGAAGCGGUGAACCGGAGAAUACCGCAACUGCGCUGGGCCGCCGCGGAACGAAAUCAAGUUCGACGGGUGCUCGCAUACAUCAAUGAAGGGGAGCCUUUGAAGAUGGCCUUGCCGAACCGCAGGGCCAGCAUUUACACCUCGAGCCACUUCUAUUUGGACGAUUUCCCCCAGUCUACGGAACCGCUCAGCGAGGCUACCAGACCUCACACCCAGCUCGGAGCCGUGGUGGAAGAAGAAUUCGCCAGCGCCGAUGACGGCGACGAGGGCAGGCCAUUCCCGCAAGUCCAGCGCCCAAACUUUUUGGGGCCAGGCCCGGACACCGACGACGACGGUCCCGACGAGGCUUUCAGGCGGGAUGGCUUCCACGCGCCCAGGCCGCCGCAGGCUUCAAGCAGCGUGAGCGGCCGCUUCGCCGAGGCUGCC